AUGCCUCCCGAGAUAGCAGAUUCGGACGGCGAGUCCGAUUUGAACUCGCCUAUAAAGCGACGUGCUGCUCACGAAAACCGAAACGAAGAUCCACUCCAGAGUCUGGCCUCACCUUCUCCAAUCGAUUUCGAUGAAUAUCUUGAUGCAAGUCAGAGGCUUUCAUCCUCUGCCUCACAUCAUGUCAUGGACUUCAAUCAACUAGAUGGCGCUGCUGAUAUUACCGCAACUAAGACAGCCGACCAACAGUCCACCGCCCUCUUUGGAGAAACCCUACACGGAACAAUGUCUAAGAAGAGAGCUCAUAGUGCUUUACAAGACGGCCUUGGGGACCUACGGCAUGAGAAAUCCGGUCGGAAGCCGAAGGUGAAGAGGUCAAAAACAUACAGUGCAGCGUCCAGGUCUCGCACUGCUCAAGGCGACAAUUUAUUCGCGCCGCCUUCUGAAGGCUCUCUGAUGCCCAGAAAUCUAGAAUCAACAGGUCAUGAUGGAGAUGCAGGAGAUCAGGCGACUUCGACCACACACCCUGUAUCCGCUGAUCCGAACAUACCGAUCUUGACCAGCACCAGCAAUCGAACUGAAGCGCUUCCACUCCGCGAACAAUCCUUUGCCGAUUCCACCCAUCGUAUGACCACAUCAAUAGCUUCUAUAGGAUAUCACCAAUCAAUCAAUAUAGACUUCCGGGGUUCUGGUCAGGGCCUGAGCAUCAACGCUAACCUUUUCGGAUCGUUAAGCCAGGUGUCCUUAGAGGACGACAGUAUCCAAGCUAAGCCCGAAUAUCUCACGGAUAUGAUCGAGAUCGAUGAAGCAAAAUCAACUCAGAUUGAUGGAAAUCACCAUAUAGUUUCUGUUGACGGGCCGUGGCAAGACCAAUCAUUGCAAGGCCUAUUACAAUCUUCCUCAGCAAGGCCUCUGGCUAUUUACCCUCCUCCAAUUAUGCAAAAGGGUGGAGUGGCAUCCAAUGCUAAUGAUGACAGUCACAUCUACGCACCUGAAACCGAGAAUGACAUAGGUGAUCCCCCCACCGCGGUGGAGGAUGCUUUGCCGUCUAUGGAAAAAUCAUCGGUGUCCAGGAAGCGUGGACGCAAAGUAAAGAACUCUAGGCCGCCUUCCAAAUCUCCUGCUCCUAGUCUUAAUGAAGAUCCCGAGGGCCAGGUUUCCACGACUCUGCCUAAUCCUAGCAGGGCUCGACGAGGGACAAUGGAGUCGUUGUCUCAAGCAUCUCAGACGUCAGCGACAAAUACACCACGCAGGAAGUGGAGGAGAAGGAAAUCGAAACAGACCGAUGAGGAAGGACCUGAAGGGAAUCCUGCCAAGUUCUCCCCCAUGAAGCAUCCGACAAGCGAGUUGAGUCUAAGUGACGAAUUGGUGAUUGAGCUGCCAAAAGAAGCUUACAAGCCACGCCCCAGCCUGUCUCACUCAAAAAUCAUCGUGGAAGGCGAGCAUGAACAAGGGGCUGGUGAUUUUUCCCCAGUCAAACACCCCACCAGCGAGCUUAAUCUCAGUGACGAAGCCGGUAUUGGGCUCCCGAAAGAAGCAUAUAGGCCCCGACCAAGCCGCACACGAUCAAAGAAGUACUUCGACGAGGGUAAAACUCUUCUGCCUCCACUGGAAGCCAACGAUGACUGUCGCACCCUGGCAAAGAGCAAUGGUAACGACGUCUCAGAACAAGAAACCCCGAACAUAACUUCAACAAAGCCUAGCACAAAGAAAGGCCGAAAGAGUAAAGUCAAACGCGCGAAGACAUCUGCGGCGGCCUUGUUCAGAAAAGCAGAUCCAAUGCUAAGCGAAGGUGAAGAAGACGUUGUCUGGAUGGACUCGAAGCCUGCGCCUGUGAAAUUGGACCUGCCUCCCGAUUUUAACGCGUUGAAGAUAGAGCCCGACGUUCCGAGGAUCAAGGACGAACACAAGCGCAAAGAAGAAAGUGAACAGGCACAAAGUGCUAAAAGCACCAAUAUCACCAUCGAGAUCCCCAUCCAUACACAGGUUAAGGACCCCGUAGUGGAGCCUAAGAAGCGAGGUAGAAAGCCAAAGAAAGUGGAACAUAAGCAAGAGGAGCAAAAGACUACCGAAGAAAAUGAAGACGAACCAGAAUCAAAUGCAAUAUCUCGCCCGCCACUAGACGAGAAGUCCAGGAACAUACCGGCUAGCACCAGCAAUGACUUGAUCCAGAAAGGGUUCAUAAGGGCUCCUACUGUUUCACCCAUUACAUCACCCGAGCCAGAAGCUGAAAAGCAAGCGCAGCCAGAACCCUUAUCUGGCAAGGAUAAUGGAAACGAGCCAAUAACUACACCAGCAAAGCCUAAACCAUCUGCAUUGCCAUCAUCUACAGAAAAAGGUCCCGCCAAACACUCGCCCAUCAACCCGCCGAGUCUUAGCAAUUCUGGAAGGAAAGUGAUCUACCGAGUUGGUCUGUCCCGAAGGCAAAACAUCCCAAGUCUUCUGAGGAAGGUGGACAGAGAUAAGCCACCGCCAAAGAUUGUGCCGAGGAAGGAGAAGGACAGUAAGAAGAAGAAAGAUAUGGACGCAGAUUAUGAUGGAGAGGGCGGGAGCGAAGCGCCAGGGGAGAUGAGAGGGCCAGAUGGAAUGCUGAUUGAGUGGGAGUUUUAG